AUGUAUCCCAUUCAUUUUUCAGUCCCGAAAAAACCGCUGUCGCCGUUCGCCAAGUUUCGUCAGCUCGAUAGGCAGAACAGCGCCCCUUUAUCGUCAAGUCCUGUAAAAUCACCAGCGACCGAAUUUCGAUUCAAAUUUACCGAACCAACUGUACGAGACAAUGCUGUGCAAAUUAAAGAACGGCUGUUGGCAUGGUGUCGGUCAAAAACCAAAGAGUACGAGAAUGUGCAGCUCGAUAACUUUUCGACAAGCUGGAAUAACGGCUUAGCAUUUUGCGCGUUAAUUCAUCACUUUAGACCGGACGCUUUUGAUUACAAUUCUCUACGUCCGGAGAAUCGCAGGAAAAACUUUGAACUUGCUUUCACGAAGGCCGACGAAGUCGCUGGAAUCGCGCCAUUACUUGAUGUCGAAGAUAUGGUGAUGAUGCAACGACCGGAUUGGAAGUGCGUCUUCACAUACGUUCAAUCCAUCUAUCGUCGCUUUAAAGAUGAGGACUAA